AGUAACACGUGGCCGGAAGUAUGUGUCCGGAAGUGUUGAUGUUUACUUAUCCUGGUUUGUUUUAUCAACGUUAAACUACACAUUGGUACAUUUUCUCUUUCUGUCUCCCUCUCCGUGUCUUUCCGUUUCUCCUGUUCACGGACAGCUGAGCUCUGCUCCGGGGUAACAGAUCAGUCUGAUGUGUCCUGAUGGCUGCGGCCGACGACCUGCGCUUUCAGGAAUUUGAUGACGCCGAGAGCCUGCUGGCUGUAAACAGGGAGGCCACUACUAUUAGUAUCGAGGAUCCUGGCAGCAAAUCCCACAAGCCGAGGAGAGUGGCCCGGGAGAAGGACGACGACCACAGCCUCAUUGGGGACACCGACUCUGACAAAACUGAGCUUCUUGCAGGUCAGAAGAAAAGUGCCCCCUUUUGGACUUUUGAGUAUUACCAAACUUUUUUUGAUGUAGAGACCUAUCAGGUUCUGGACCGAAUUAAAGGGUCCAUUCUCCCAUGGCCUGGGAAAAACUUUGUUAGACUCUAUGUUCGCAACAACCCGGAUCUUUAUGGACCCUUCUGGAUCUGUGCCACCCUGGUGUUUGCCAUUGCCAUAAGUGGAAACAUCUCCAGCUUUUUGCUCUGCCUUGGCAGACCUUCCCAUCGCUAUGUGCCAGAAUUCAGCAAAGUGACGCUGGCAGCCACCGCCAUCUACAGUUAUGCCUGGCUGGUGCCACUCAUCCUCUGGGGUUUCCUGCUGUGGCGGAACAGCAGAGUGAUGAACGUCGUGUCCUACUCCUUCCUGGAGAUUGUUUGUGUCUAUGGAUACUCCCUCUUCGUGUUCAUCCCUGCUGCGGUCCUGUGGAUCAUUCCGAGUGAGAGCGUAAGGUGGCUGUCCAUCCUGGUCGCCAUGUGUCUCUCGGGUUCAGUUCUGGUGCUGACAUUCUGGCCCGCAGUCCGAGAUGAUCAUCGCAGGAUUGCCCUGGCUACCGUUACAGUUAUCAUUACCCUGCAUGUCCUGCUUGCAGUAGGUUGUAAGGAGUAUUUCUUUGACGUGCAAGACAUAACAGAUCCUGCCAGUUCUGUCGGCAACCUUGCUGGCAAUAAAACGGCGCUGGCAGCAAAGCCGCAGUGAGAUGGUACGGCUCCCCGAGAGCAUUGAGUUGCAGUGUGGAAAACGCCGUUGGACGUGCAGAAGCUGCCACAGCGUGACUGUGAACUGCUCUCGGCAGCUCCAGGAGGGGACUUUGGUUCACACAUACGAUGAGUCUGAAACUGCCUUAAAGACUUUGCUGUCUGUGCCAUUACUGAGUGCCUCAAAUAUAGGUGCACUGUAAAUCAUGUAGAGGCUGCUGUUCUGGUGCGGAAAAUUCCAUAACGCUGUUAAAACUGUGUACAGAGAACAUACGCGCUUAACGUUUGCCUGUGACUGGGUGUGUUUGCCUGUGCAUGUCUGUUGUGGUGCCAUAGCAGUUUCCCACUCCCGGUGUGAUCCUGGUUGUCUCUGAAUGGGUCAGUCACUAUCCAGCAUUCUUAGCCAUCAUUAAGGUAAAAGCCCUGCAGAGCCGCUUCGUAGCAGGAUGUCUUAGGCGGGGCUCAAAUAUUAAAUCUAAAUUUAGAGUCAGGGUCCUUUUUAUAGUAAGUCCAGUUCUCAAGUGAUACUCUUACACCAAAGGAAUGUGGCUGGAUAAAAGACAGCUGUCAUUUGCUGUCUUCAGCAAGGAUGUCUGCUCAUGUCAUGGUGGUGGAGGUGGUGGUGGUAGCGACCUGGAGAACAUUUACUGUAUCAUUUUAUGAAAUGGGCGUGUUUAUGUUAUUGAUGGAUCAUUAUUACAUUUUUAUCAAUAAAAAUAUCCAAUUAUGUU